AUGGAAUACUGCACAAAAUUAAUUGAAUGUCGAAUGAUGGCUGUUAUACGUUAUCAGCAGCAUAUGGAAAAUGCACGAGUUGUAAGUGAUAUUUCCUGUGCGAUAGAUGAAAGUUUCAGAAUGCUAUGGAAUUUGUUAAUACAAAGAGAAGCUGACUAUGCAUUAUGCAUAAUGCACGAGAAUUUCAUGGCCGAUAAGGCACAACUAAAAGUUUUAGUAAGAUGUCAGCGGACAACAUCUCAAUCAGAGUAUACGAGUUUAAUAAUACAAAAACACUUGGAAAUAAAUCAGAAAAUAUCGGAAUGUCACAUCAGACUGAAACAUUUAUUAUCGGGAAAUUUCCGACAUAAGAACAGAUUAUCAUCGAAGCACAUGGAAGAUACAGCAGCAUCAGGUGUAUAUUAUACUGUCAUACACGACGAGAAGGACUUUGACAAUAUCACCAAAUUUAAUGAUAAAGCUAUAAAGCACGAGGAUCGCACUUUACGAGAAUCUAAUGACAAAACAAAUCUUAAAAUGCAAUAUGGUUUUCUAAAAUCAGUUAUUGCUAAAUUGGUAAAAAAGUUGGACUUGAGCAUAAAUACCAAUACCGAACCAAAAUAUUCAGAAUUAGAAGCCAUAAGUAUGAGAGAGGAGAGAGCUAUCGAAAGUUUGCUGAAUUAUUACCUCUAUGAAUUAGCACUUUUCAAUUGCGGACAAGUUGAUGGCAAUAUAACGUCGCUAUCAAGAAGCCAGGAUGUUAACGAAGACUUUAUGAAUAACUAUAAUUCGACAGUGCAAAUUCCAGAAUCGAGACACACAAAACAUAAGGAAAUGGAAAUUUACCGGAAUCCUUUUGUCGUAGAUGCUCCCAAUGAAACGUCUCGAAUUGCGGAAUCUUGGAAGGUACGAAAUGAUAAUGCAGCAGCAUUUUUUUCAAAAGAUUAUUUGAAAGUGAGAGGAAAUGAACCAAUCGAAGUGGAUGCUUCAGUCUUCGAUAAGUACGAAGAAGAUAUUGAUAGUAUUGAUGAUGAAACAGAAUUGAAGCCAUCAAUUAUAGCUGUGGAAGGAAAUAGUAUUCACAAUGAUCCCUCAUUCUUCACUGAUGUACCAUUGAAAAUCUCAAUUCCACUAACACAGACAUCACUCAAAACUAACACAAAUACUCCCACGCAAAUUGCGCAGAAAACGAUUGGCGAAGAUAAAAAAAAAUUGAUCAGUUUUGAUGAUCCCCUUAAAAAUUUUGAAAAAUAUCAUUUUAAAUUCUAUCCUAAAGCAUUUCCAAUUUCAUCGCCCGUAGAUGAAACUGUCGUUUCAACGAAAUAUCCCACCCAUUUUUUUACUAAGAAUCAGAAAAUUAUGACGGAGAUCAUUCCAGGAGAUAUUCGUUCUCAAGCUGAAAAUAGAAGGCGGAAUUUUUCACCGCCAUUUCAUUCGAAUAAUUUUUUUGUAAAAUCGUUGAGACAAACGGAUAAAAAAUCGUCGAUUUCGAAAUGGGAAGAAUUUUCACCCAAUAAUUGGAUAAUUGCUGCUCAAAAUGCUUCGAAAGCAAAGAAGUUCAUGAAGUCAAAAACGCCAAAACAUAACAUCGCUAAAUUUGUAAUAGCUGAGAGAAAACGAUUUUCAAAAAAGAAUUACAGAGAAAUUGAAAGUGAUGAAAAAUGGGAAACAAGUAUGUUGACAGACGACAAAUUCCAACAAAAUAUCAAAAUGUUCAGCAAAUACGGAAAGGAGAAUAAUGGAAAUGAUAGAGUUAACAGUCUGUUUGCACAUUUGAUCAUUUAA